AUGUCGUCGCAGAUAUCUGUUCUCACGAGCACGACAAGGCUAACCUGCCGCCGGGACUUCCCCGUUUGGUACGACGCUCUCUACGCCGAAGCCGACGCAGCAGACGUCUGGGAUCUCAUAGACCCAGACGACACUACGUCUCCGUCAGACCCAAGAGAGGACGAUGAAGAACUCUCGAUCGAAUCAUGGAUCACGCAGCAGAACGAAAAGCAGCGUAGAACCUAUGAUCGGAAGCGGAAAGCCUACGAUUCGAUUCUCCAGCAUAGGGCAGAAGCGAGUGACGAUACAGGGGAAGAACUCCAGGAGCCUGUAGCACAACCAACUCUCACGCAAAACACGCCCGGGAUCUUUGAAAGAUAUACGAACUACCUCGCUUCAAAAUCAGGCCGCGACGUCCUCAAAACUCGUCGGGAGCGGGACUUCGACUCUAUUCAGCGUUGGGUUAAGGAAACGGUCGACAAGGACAUCCUCUACGCUGCGAGAUCGGAGAUCCUAGCGAACAACCAACGUUCACUCCGUGCUCUUAUUCAGUACCUUCGGAAACGCUACGCUCCAAGCGAAUCAAGCAGUCAAACUACAGUUCGCGAAGAGUACCUUCUCCUCCUGGAAAAGGCCAACACAAGCGUAAACCCCCAGACCUGGCUAAGAGACUUCCAUCGAGUACUGCUCCGCGCGCUUCGAUUCAGAAUACCGGAAAGCCAGGGAACGCUCGCUUCGAAAACUUUUCUUCGAGCGGUGGGACACCGUUUUGCCCCCUCCUGGGCGACCUCCGAGCUCACUGAAAUUGUCAAAAUGGAGCGCAAGGGGGACCGCAUCCCUACUGUAAGUGAAUACAGGGAUAUGCUGGAGGACUUGCUGUAUGAGGACACCCUAUACGACAAAAAUCGGGGUAAAACAAGCGGUGUGUACGCUACCCUUGCCGGUCGCCCGAGCGAAGCAAUCUCAGAUGGAAAAAGCGGUUCGAAAGGAAAAGGCAAAUCCGAAGCGUGCCCCUGCAACAAACCCUACAACGCAAACCCCCUGGAGUGCACCCGCGUGGAGUACGCCCUUACCGGGCGAAUCAAGCCUUCCCAGGACAAACUAUCGAGGGACGAGUGCAAGGAGAUUCGAAAGCGUAUCAAUCAGUCCGAGAACUAUGAUCUCCGAGCCGAAUUAGCUCGGAAAGGCUGGAUCUGGGCGACGGAACCUCCCAGCUUCCGAAACCCAGCGCCGCCUCGCAAUAGGUCGUCAGGAAAUACCGGCUCUAAAGCGAAAUCGCAGCAAGAGGAGAAUGAGUCAGAGGUGACACUGAAGAGAAAUAUCCACGCAGUAACGAUCAGCCGUGAACUUCUCCGGGAAAUUUCGGACGACUUCGACUCGGACUACGACCAACCAAGCGUAUUUGCAACCCCACUGACGGGACCCCAUGUUCUGUCACGAAGCACGGUUCUCGACAACUGCGGAGCUACGCACCUUGUUAACAACCUUGACUUGCUUGAAUCGUCUUCUAUUAAAACGUGCAUCGGCGACGAGAGAGUCGACUCAGGAACUGCUUCGUACCCAAUCCUAGCAAAGGGAACGUGGAUCUUGCCAAAAGCACUAAAUGGCCCUGAUGGAGACCUCACAGCAGACCUUACGCUCCAUAACGUUGGAUACGUAGAGAACUUUCACGUUAACAUCGUUUCGGAAGCACUCCUCCGAAAGACAGGCAUCUGGUACUCCGGAUUGGAUAACACACUUCGCCAGGGAACGUACAAAAACAGCGUGGUAGUCAAGCAUCUUGUUAGGAAGAUGAACAUUACUUUCUUCGAAUAUAAGACCGGUUCCCAGUAUAUUGCUCAGAAGCGAAUUACCUCGAGUAACGCAGGAAUCGUGAACCAUUUGGUGCUUGCAGUACAGGAUCCCGCUCGACUCUCGCUUCGUAAACCACCUGAUAGGUAUGAUGACGCCUGGUUAUGGCACCUUCGUUCGGGUCACCUCGCACCAGACGCACUAGAACGAAUGGUGUCAAACGUGAGAGGAGUAAAGAUAAAAGGACCCACGCGUCUGGAAUGCGAAUACUGCGCGACAGCGCACGCGAAACAGUUAAUUUCGAGGCGAACCUCUGAACGGAAAGCAAUUCGACCGUACUAUAGGGUCUCAUGGGAUCUCUUCGACUACCCGACAAGCUUUGACAAGAACCGCUGGCUCUUAGUGAUCAAAGACGAAUAUACCGGUCGUCUUUUCGCGUUUCCGCGCGUAAGUAAAUCGCACACCUUCGUCUUCGACGCUCUCAGGCACUUCGAACGAUGGGUCGCUCGCCAACGAGGCGUUACCCUGUGCAAGCUGAGACAAGACGUAGAACGCGCGGUAAUUGCGAUAAACGGAAUGACUGAGUAUCAACUUUGGGCCCAGCAUAACGGGAUUGAAAUCGAAGAGACACCCCCCUACACCAAGGAACCCAAUGGCGGAGGCGAACGAGCGGGCCAGGAAUUAAUAACCCGAGCGAUAAAGAUGCUCAGCGCAGCGGGCCUGCCAACUACUCUCUGGGUGGAAGCAGUCAUGGCAGCCGCCUACCUGUACAAUAUGUCACCACGGAAGCGAAGAGCUUGGCUCUCACCAAUUCAAGUCGAAGAGAGCUGGUUCCGACAGUAUUUUCGCUGGUGGCAACCACAAUACAGCGCGAGCCUCGCCCGCGACCUUCGCCCCCACUGGGGCUGGACGUACGCGUAUGGGUGUAGGGCUUAUCCCCUGAAAAAGGACCGCGAAGCGGAUAGGAACAGACGUAACUUCAAGGUGGAACCGCGAGGACAUAUUGGAUAUCUGGUGGGCUACGUUAUGGACGCUCACAACCUAUACAGAGUCUGGAUACCCUCGCUUGAUCAAGUGAUUAUCACGCGAAACGUUACCUUUGACGAGACGAAGUUCUACUCGAAGGACGAUGCAAAAGCUAGUUUACAAGCGGAGGUGGCCGAGACAGUCUCCACGGAGAUCUCGGAACCUCCGGCUACGGCGAACCCAGGACUCUAA